AUGGCAGGGCUGCUUAGUUUGGGGGAAAGUCUUUUUGCCGCUCCAGCAUAUUCACUGCAUCAUUACCUGCACACAGGGCCCUGCAGUCUCACACGUCGGACGGUAUGGCGGCGCCGAUCAAAUCUCAGGAAGUCUUUGAUUCUGGACCAAGGUGACACACGCACGACUGGUCAUGGAGACUGUCUCAGACUGUAUGCUUACAACGCGAGAACAGUGUCCGCAGACGCUGACCUGCAUGCCCUUCUCGGAAAUGCAGAACGUAUCAGAUUUUACGUGAUGGCUCUGCAAGGUACCAAGUGCAGAAGGAGCGACAUACGACAGAUAAAUGACGGUACACUCGUCAUUCGUGGAGAGAAGGUUCCGUCGCGAAAUGUAGGCGGUGUUGGUUUUGUUGUGCACCCGUCUGUCGUCCAUCUCGUCGAUUCUCACGAGAUCCUGUCACCUCGUCUGGCCAUUCUUCGCCUCCGCCCUCUGCGCCAAAAAUCCAUCAGUAUCAUCAACUGCUACUCACCCACAUCAGCAGCUGAUGAAUCCGAAUUGGACGUAUUUUACGAAGAGUUGGAGGAAGUGCAGGAUCGGAAGAUUUGGACUAAGGGACCGGAAUGA